UCAUAGACCAAGACAACUAGUACCAAGUCAACCGGUAGUUGACUUGGUCAGUUGUUCGUGUUCCUCCGACAGAGAUUAUAAAUCAAGAAGCUGAAGUUUGGGGGUCAAUUGGCGAACAUUUAUCCCCCACACUUGCACUAACGUGAACUGCAUGUACUGAUGAUGAACUCUUUCUCUCUUCCUUAGGGUUCUUCUCAAAAUCAUCUAAAGCCAGGACAGAAACAAGGAAGAAAGAAGAAGAAUUUUGUUAGUUGAUAUCUAGGGUUUUCCAGUAAGUGAUGGAGGGAGGUGGAUCAGGAUCAGUGGCUUUCCCACUCAAGAAGAAUAAUAUUGAAUCUGUAUUAACUCAGCUUCAAACCAAUUGGGGGGAAUUAGAAAAGGGUUUCCAAGGUUGGGUUUGUAAACAACCUGUACUUGUUGAAACUGCUGCUGUUGCUGCCUCCUAUGCUUUACAAGGAGCUGCUGCCGGUCUUUUCUAUGGAAACCUUGCUCAGUCUGAAGCGGUCAAUAAUAUUCUUCCUUUUAAGAAUUUGGGAAAAACUCGUUUGUUGCAAGUUCGUAAUUUUUCUGUUUUGAGGGGGACCGAUGGUGCUAUGAUUUGUGCUAUGAGAAGAAUUAGAGGUGGGAAAGACGAUACCCCGGCUAGUGGAUUGGUAGGAUGUGCUUUUUGUUGCUACAAGGACUCUGCAAUUAGCAAACAUUUCCUGUAAUGGGCUCGUCGACAUACAGUUGUAAUCUGCUUAGUAGCUGAUCAGCAGCAGCAGCAUUAUCACCAAUGGGAACGUGGUA